AUGGACCAGACCGAAGCCCUACCCGACGACACGCUCGCCAGCAUCCUCGGCCGCCUCCCGCCGUGCGACCUCGCCGCGUCCCGCUGCGUCCGCAAGACGUGGCGCGCCGUCGUGGACGCCCACCGCCUGCUGCUCCCGCAUUCGCUGCAUGGCAUCUUCAUCAACUACAUCGACUGCGAGAGCCCGCGCUGCUUCUCGCGCCCCUCCACACAGAAGCCCGCGAUCGACUGCAACCUCGACUUCCUGCCUGGUUACGCCGAGGAUUUCGAUUCAAUCGUAGACCACUGCAAUGGCCUCUUGCUUUAUGAGAGCGACAUGAACUUGUGCUCCUACGUGGUCAACCCCGCCACGCGACAAUGGGGACGUCUCCACUACAAGACCGACCACCGCCACCACCUCGCAUACCUUGCGUUCGACCCCGCCGUCUCACCCCACUAUGAGGUGCUUUUGAUCCCGUGUGUGCCUGACAAAGUGGACCCUGCACAAGAUUCCAUGGAAUGGCCACCAUCCUCGUGGGUGUUUGAUGUGUUCUCAUCUAGUACAAGGAAAUGGCUCAAGAGGUCCUUUAUCCGCCAAGGCGAGGCUGCGGGCACGGUGACCGAUGUUCGGGUAGAUCCACUAGAGCCAAAAUCUAUGUGCGGGGGAGGUCCAAGGCGGCGAUAUAGUGCGUACUGGCGAGGAUCACUCUAUGUGCAUUGUCGCGGUGCGUUUGUCGUCAGAUUAUCUUUGUCGGACAGCAAGUACCAAGUAAUUAAGAUGCCAAUAGAUAUUGCAGAAAGAAAACAGGAUCAAUAUCUUGGCAAAUCAGAAAAAGGGGUGUACCUUGCAGCUAUAAUAUAUGAUAAACAUAUACUCCAAGUUUAUACCCUUGUUGAAUCAAGCAGACACAUAGAUUGGGUGUUGAAGUAUCAUGUUGAUCUCGAGCCAUGUGCAACGGCAGAUUUCCGGAUCGACACAGAUGAGCUCGAGGGAUUUGAAAAAACAUGGACCUUGGAUGGAGGACGACGAGAAUGGAGAUGGGGAGAAGCAGAUGAAGAAGAAGGAGAAGGAGAAAACGGUGGGAUGCUAAUACCAGAGAAUCUAGAAUGGGACUCCGACGAUGAUAAUGUUCUGAAUGUUAAAGCUGAUUAUGGAUGCUUCUAUGGAGGGAACGUCUACUUCCUUGGCUUUCACCCUUACAAGGAGGUUGUUUUCUUGGGGUUAUCAUUUACAGGAAUGGCUUAUCAUUUGGAAAGCUCGAAGGUUCAGUAUCUUGGAGACAUGCGCCCAAAAGAUUACUAUCAUGGACAUGCGAAUGGCAUAUACGAUUCAUUUCCGUACACCCCUUGCAUGAUUGGGAGGCUUCAGAGUCAUGCUUCAAGGAGUCGUCGCCGUCGCAGAAGUUAG